CGCCAGUGAGCCAGUCGGAGUUCGAUUACCGCUCUUUCAGUUCAGUUCCAUUGAGAUGGACUGUUGUGAACUGGCAAGGUUUAUACGCAUUGAAACGUAUAUAUGGCUGAGAACAGCGAAAUUAGGCUAGAAUGCCGGCUUUCUGCACCCGAUGUCGAAGAAGACACCGAGACAGAUGUGCUAGACGAUCCAUCGCCUUACGAGAGCGACACUGAAGAAGUAGAUAUUGACAGUUUUGUCAAGAGUAUACCACACGAUGUCAAUGACUGGGAGAUAUAUCAUGCAGAUAGUUUGACCUUAGAGAAAAUAGGAGAUGGCUUCUUUGGUGAUAUAUACAAGGUAGCAAUGAUUAAAAGCUAUAUAUUAUAGCGUUCUAAUUUAAUAUUUCAACACAAUGUCAGAACAUCAAGCAGUCUUUGUCUGUGCUUCGAUGCUUCGACGCUUCUAGUACUAUUAUAGUUAAAACCCGAAACAUGAAUUCUGGAACUUAUUACAACGAUUGAAAAGGGUUUGUUUGCGAUUGUAACGAUUGAAAAAUGUUUAUUUAAACUACGUGCAAUAAAUCAUGUAAGUAUGAAUAGAAGCGUAAGAUGUUUGUAGUACUGUAUAUAAAAAUACAAGUUGUGGCAAAUUUUAGUAAAUUUAAUAGUGCCCUGCACUGCAGCAAUAAUCUUGGUAAAUUCAGUGAAUGUAGCUCGGAAUGUAGCUAUAGACGUUGUCAUUGUCACGUAAUAAUACUGACUUUCACACACAAAUAAAACAACAUUUUCAAAGGAGCUUGUCUUGUUUAUUAUGUAGUGAUAAAGUGUUACAGACAGCUGAACAUUAUAUAGACAACUUCGAUGCAUGAAAUACAGCCUACUAUAUUGUAUAUAAGUUUGCACUUAUUUGUUUACCUCUUUGUCUAUAAAGUUACUGACUUCGAUCCAUGCAUUCUUAUUGUAGGCUACGGAUUCAAAAACCGGCAAAAUAUUUGUCAUCAAGACUAUGAAGAAAGCAACCAAGAUGAAACUAAUGUGUGCGGAAAUACGACUUAUGGCUCGGUUGAAGCAUCCCAAUAUAUUAAGGCAUGUCUGAGAGUUUUCGUUUUCUCUCUUGAAUUUGUUUUGUAGCUUUGUGGCUUGCAUUGUAUAAAUUGCUACAUCGCUCCAGGAGACGAAGUUUUAAUAAUUUCCAAAACAAUAAUAGUUCUUGCAAAUGCAGCAAUUAUUAAAUCGUCCUUUGUGUGUUUAUAAUAGAUUUCUUGGUGUAUGUCUCGACACUUCUGGAAUUCACUUGCUUACCGAGGUGAGAGUUGCAUAAUAUUAUAAUUUGUAAUGGAAGUAUUUUUGUAAAUAAAUAAAUGCGAACUAACUCGUUUGAUUUUGCUGAUUGUGUGCUUUAAUUAAGUAAACAUGGAAGAUUUUUAAUUUUAAUAAAGGGUAUUUAUGGUGUUUUGUAGUAUAUGGAAAUUGGCAAUUUAGAGGAAGUUGUUGAAGACAGUAGAGAGCCAUUGCCGUGGUCCCUGCGUAUGAAGCUUGCCCAUGAUAUUUCCAAAGGCAUGGCCUAUCUGCAUAGUGUUGGGGUAAUCCAUCGCGAUUUAGCAUCUAAGGUUUGUUUACAGAUUUCGCGAUACUAAGUGAAUAUAUUUACAUUCCGUUGUAUCCGCCUCUUAAAAGAUAAACAUGCUGACAAACUUGAGUGUUUGUAAUGAUAAUUUCAACUAAAUUCCGUUUGUUCUUUCUUAUCUAGAAUGUGCUAAUUUCAAACGAGAGCAAUGGUUACACUGCAGUCGUUGCAGACUUUGGUCUAGCUGCCAAAAUUCCAUCAAGGUAUGUUAAUUUUACACAUUGUACGUUUGUAACAAACAUUAUCCAAUAUCAUUCAAUAUUUAACUUUUAGAAUAUCCAACAGUGCCUUUGCGACAAAAGAGGGCCCCCUAUACUUUUUGCGUGAAGCGUGAAGGGCUUAUUUUACUUAGCCGUGAAACGUGAUCGAUGAUUUUCUUAAUCUGUGACUCGUGAAAAGGCAAAAUAUUUUUACGUGAAAGCAUAUUGUGAAGAGGUAUAGGGGGCCCUCACAAAACGCUGUAUGCUCUUGCAGUUAAACAGAAAAAAACUAAAAUGAAACAUUUCCCUAAUAUUAACUGUCAAAAUGCUUCAAAAUUUAACCAGUUGAAUAGAAAUUUUAUAACAGUUCCAAUGUAGUAGGUUGGUGUAGUAUAGAAGUAUUAUCAAAGGUUGUUUUAUUAUUAACCAAGUCUUGCACACACUCGAAUUUGUAUAAAGAAUGAGUCUGUAGUGAGAUGAAGUAACUAGGAAUUAGAGGUGUGCAUCGGAUUGGAUUGGACGUUUAUAAUCCGACAAUUGGCUAAUGUUUAAAACCCGAUCCGAUCCGAAAUUGUCUAAUCCGAAUCCGAUCCGAGUUUUGAUAAAGAAUUCCGAUCCAAAGAAUACUUUAAUAAAAUAAAUUUCUAAUUCAAGUGGAAAUAUUUAACCAAAUAAUAAUUAUUAAUAUGUAUAAUUAAUUCAUUUUAUUUUGAAUAUCGAAGUACGAUCCGACUAUAAAACAACUUUAUCAAUCCGAUCCAAUCCGAAAUGAAUAUUUUUGUUCCGAAAUUCAAACCAAUCGGAUCAGAUUCGUAUCGGAUUUGCACACCUCUAAUAGGAAUGAUGUGCUGCACUCUCCUUGGACCUGGGACUGGUUGUUUGAAAGCCAGUUAGCUUAAUCCUGGACCUAGGUUAAGGUGGCUCGAUAUAGUUAUCACAAAAAUCCUGUUCAAGAAUCGCGAACUCAAAACCGGUUGACCAUUUUUACGCGCAGAUGGCGGAAACUGAUUAACAAAAUGAAAGAACUUCCAAAAUGACCUGACGUGAGCAGUUGCUCGCGCCAUCUCACGCCAUUGCGCGUGUUCUAUAGCGUUUUAUGUCAAUUGCUGACGUCAUUAGAAUUUUCCAUUUUAGAAAAACAAUGCGCUAUAUCUCUUUAUUUUGUCUGGUGACCUAUGUUCAAAUUUUGCAUGCUGUAUUGCACCGCUAAAAAUUUUCAUUAUACAAAAAAUAAAAAAAUUCUGUAAUGCCAAAAAAAUGUUACCAAAGAAUAUGACAUUUUCGCAUUUUCCAAAAAAAUGGCAUUACAGAAAUUUUUUAUAUUUUGCUAAUUGUUAGCUUUAAGUCCAAGUAAAAUAAUGCACGAAAAAAAGUUGGGGGUCACCAUGCUUUUUUUCCAACUAUACGAGACGAUAGGCCAUUUUGGAGUCAAUUUCGUACACGUAUGUCGUCAUAGCAACGAACUAUCUGUUACUAAAACGAAUAUAAUUUGAAAGUAGAGUUAUCAAAAUAUAUAAAAAAACCCAAUAUCUGCUGAAUAAAUCCUAAAAAUGCGUAGUUUGAACAUGUCAAAGUGUUAAACACCUGAAUUUUUGAAAACUGUAUUGAGCCACCUUAAAUUUAGUCUCGAACAACUGGUUGCUGAUGGUUGAUCCACAAAAAAUGUAGUAUAUGUCAAAAUCCAUAUAUUGAUUGAUUCAUGUCAGCUAAUCAACAAACACAAGCAUUCUUGCUUGUUUACCAGUAAAUUUGUCUGAAACUAUGAAACAUAAUACUUUGGUAUAAGCUGAUGAGUUAAACUUUAUGUUAAAAACAUCCACAACCCAUAAGGCAUAAUCCAUAAACUAGAGAAAAUAAGUUUUUCGUUUACAACUUUUAACAAAGUGAAAGAAACAGAGUGACAGGGAACAGCGUUCCAAUGUCUUGACAUGUGGGUUAAUAUGGCUUCCCACGUGCGGUCCACCGGUCACAUUUAUAUAAACUAUAAUCUAUAUGUACAUCAAUGUAUAAUACUUGUCUAUACCGUCCUAUAACUUUUCAAACAUUUGUCGGUCAGAUAUGAGCUUUAAAUUAUGGUUUUAUAUCUGUAAGUCGCAUACAAAUCAAAAGGUUAAUGCGUGCAGACAUCAUAAACGGAUUGGAGAAAUAGAGACGUAGCUAUUAUUUUCCUAAUCGCAAUUAAGCUGAGCUGUUCAGUAGUGCUUUGUUUCUUUCCUAUAGCUCUGUAUAAUGAAUAUACCUAGUAAAUUAAAUAUGCCACAAUGUGUUAUGUGAAAUCAUCUGUAAGCUUGUCACAUUUUCCUCUGAUCAAACUGCGACACAUUUGCAUAUAUAACUGACGUAAGUUGCCAUAAAUCGCUCUUUGACUUUGUGUAUAAUUCACGCAAUUUUAUUGGGUUUUUUACGCUAUUAUGUACGCUACUAAUAGUGUAACGCCUACUCCGUUUUUCUCGAAUGAAUUAAGGCGGGCAUUUCGUUCGGUAAAGCCGACUAAAGUGCAUUUUCAAGUUUGAUUAAUUAAGCAACCUGAAAUAAAUGUCUAUCGCUAUAUUCCAGUGAAAUACAGGCCACACAGGUGUUAACCUGUAUCCGCCCACGGUAUCAUGAAUUAUAAAGUUCGACAUUUUAGAAUGAUAAAUGAACUCGAAAAAAUUAUUUGGAAAUGACAAAUGAGAGUCCAUAAUAGGGUUAUUAAAUAAUCCUGCGCGUUUUCCAUAGGCAUAGCCAUAGGCAUAUAUUUUUUAACCUAAAUUCCUCCUUCCAUGCCGUUUCCCGCUACCAAAUUGACACCGCCAUAUAUAUACUGUAUACAUACUUUAUGAGUAAUGUGGUUUUAACAUUGUCAUUUCCAUGGCAUUGCAGUUUGGGGAAUUGUUGCUUGUUGAGUUUCAUACAACUACAUGUUCUAUGACAAUUCCUAUGUUUCUAUAAACUAGCUAUCAAAUCCGUCUUAAUAAAGCAGGCGUUGUGGAGCUGGAUGUAUAGACGUUUAAUGAGUGCACCCUGCACUGCAGUGUCUGCAGGACGACAGCUGUAAUAAAGAUAACCUUGCGGUCACCCAUUUCCUUCCUCUAUACUAGUCAAAACUCUCAAGGCUUUUAAGACUUGUGUACUUAACAAAAUGUUUAAAGCUAAUAAUAUGUUGACUUCAAACAUUUUUAGUUUGUAGGAGACGAACGAUUUGCCAAUUGAAAACGUUCUCACGGUUUCCUGUCUUGAGUUAAUACUUUUAUAAGACGUAAACGUUUGGGAAUUUGUAAACAGUCUGGCAUUUGACAUUAUAUGGGGAGUGCAUUUGUCAUUCCUGUCUAUAACCGAUGACAUGAUUAUAGCUUUGAUUCUUGCGUGAUAGCCGUAUCAUAAACAUGGGAGAGUCAUAGCUAGGUUAUUAAAUAUCAUGCAAUUCUUACAGGCUUGUAAUUAGCAAGUACCGAUCAGAUGACAUGAACAACUUGUUUUUUGAGCGAAUGUUCGAUGAAGAUUGUGAAAUACUUAUUACGUUUACGUAGUUACGUUUUUAUGUUAUGAUUUGUAUAAAAACUUGAAGAUAUUGGACUUUGAAAAUCAAAUUAUUUAUUACGUCACAGUUCUAUAAUGACCUCGUUAUAUAUGUGUCAAAACAUAUCCGUCAACAUGAAAGAUAAGGCCCUUUUCGUGCCGUUCCGCAAGGUUGCUUCUUUCUUUUGAUACAAAAGAAUGAGGUGCAAAUUAUCGUGAUGCGUUUGCGUCACGCAAACAUUUCUAUUUGCAAGUGAUGGGUAUUUGAUAUUCAGUUCUGUUUGCAAAUAUUAACUUCUACCUUAUGGGUAAAUAUCAAGAUUUUGUUGGCAUCUCACUCGAUUGAAUAAUAGUUGAAGGGUAAUAUCAAGUGGAAUUUAUAUACAUUUAUUAGACCUAACCAGGAACAGCUGCGAAAAAUGCAACUUUAGGUCCCUGGUAGGAAUCGAACCUGCGACCGUGAAUUUUGCGGCCGUGUGAUCCCGGUGCAGCACUAUAACCAAUUACUGAGCUACGUACCACAGUACAGAGGCCAGUUGUCAUCGAUUUAGUAGCACACAUAAGUAUAUCUAGAGAGAUUAUCUGACAUACGUUGUCUAUUUUUCAGUGUUUUAGAGUUGUGCACGAUAGCCGUAAAUCAUAAUAUCAUGAUGUACUGAUGUAACACGUGUAGAUUAGAUCACUUCCAAAUGUAAAAAUAUUAUCCCUUUGAUUCUAAUUUAAUAAACCUGAACAUGCUUCUCGUAUCAUGUCAAUCAUACAGUAAAUAACGAAUUGUGGUUUGGAAAAUGCAUUUACUUUCUGUUUAAAAGGAAAAAGAAGCUAAAAGUUGUUGGAUCUCCGUAUUGGAUGGCGCCAGAAGUCUUGAGACAUGAUCAAUAUAAUGAAACCGUAAGUUGCAUGGGUCACGGCGGAAAUAAAUGAUUGCCAAAAGACAGUGGAUGAAACUUGGAAUAAGACACGGAGAAGGGAUAAAACGCGGAAAGGGGAUAACAUGCGAAAAAGACGAUGAAAUGCGGAAAAGACGAUAAAAUGCGGAAAAUACAUAAAACGCGGAAAAAGGAUGAUAGCUAUAUUGUCGUAUACAGCCUUUUUUAAUUUACGUCUAUCUUUCAAGCCUUAUUCAAGGGUUUUGUCAUUUUAACAGGUUAUCUAUAUUUGUUGUAAACACAGUUGUCAUAAACAGCAUCACCACUUCACGAAGAUAGAUAGUUUCGGUUCUUAUUAUUGUUCCACCAAUCACAGAAGUGAAUUAAUUAAACUAAUUCGACAAAUUAAUUAAUUAAUUAAUUAAUUAGUUGUAGAUUAAUUAAUUCAACUUGAAAAUGAUGCGUGAAAUAGCAUGGAAACGUCGUUGUAAAAUAACUUAGGGACUGGUCAUAAAGUAACUGCUAGGGUGGGCUGGAGGCAAAUCACAAAUUUUGCCAAUAAGUUUGGUGACCCAUCUUAGAAUGUACAUAAAAAUUUCAAAGCCCAUCUAAUCUUACCAAAUUUAUUUGAUGACCCACCCACCCAAUCUAAUUUGGGAAAAUAGUACACUUAUAAUAAAAAAACCCUUAAAUAUACACCGACACUGUAUUGACAUACGUAAUUCAACCAAGCUUGACAAACACAUUGAUCACCAAUUACGAUACUGAGCUGCUCUCCUGUUGGUUAUAUUCACUUCUUGUUGUUGUAUAAAACAAAGUACUGGCUUCAAUAGCAUCAUUUCCAUUUGAUAUUUUGGAUAGUUUUGUUUACUUUUUUAUUAAUAUCUUUAUGUAAUAUAACCAACCGUGGACAUACAAAAAAAUUGGCGGCCCAUCGAAACUGCCCAAACAUUUUCCAUGGCCCAUCCCAAAUAACUCCAGCCCACCCUGGCAGUUACUUUAUGACCGGUCCCUUGUACCUCUUGCAUUUGUUUCAAAAUUAAUCCGAUGAUUUCAUACAUUUUACUGUUGCUACAAAUUUUACACCUAAUCCAAUAAAAUUUUCUCGUAUUUUAUUAAAUGGUUAAACAUCGUGUGAUAGAAGCAAAGUGUAUCAAACUGUACGUUUUAACGUUGUUUAGGUCGAUAUCUUUUCCUAUGGUAUAAUAUUGUGUGAGAUAAUUGGCCGCGUUCAUUCAAGUCCCGAGGAAAUUCCAAGAACGAAUGUAUGUAAAGCAGUGCAUAGUACUUUGUUUCCUACUGUAACUGCAUUAUCUUACUGAUUUCAAAAAUAGAUACGUCGAUUGUAACAAUUUAUGUUACUCUUAUUUUCUUGACGUAGCACUUUGGUCUUGACGUGGACAAAUUUCGCGAGUUAGUGCUUGGUUGUCCUCCGGAGUUUCUUCAGUUAGCAGUGUGCUGUUGUCAGGUAUAAUACAGAGCUUUAGAUUUGCCUACGAGUGCACCUACGAAAUUCGUUGUUUGCAAGUACUCGCCAUUUUCUUAUGCCAUUCCGUACUCACGCCAUAAUCUCGUAGAUUUUGUCGACGGCUACGAGAUUUGUAAGACGUCAGUAUAUUGAUGAUAGCGUAUCAACACGGCGUUAUAUCCAAAUAAACGAAUCUUGCAGUCAUACUCGUAGCCAAAUGUAAAGCUCUCUAAAGGCCUAUUUACACGAUACUUAUACACGAUUGUCAUUCUGGCGUAUGAAAAUGACUCCUGACGCCACUAUUCCUGUUCAUCAGUUUAUGGCGAAAUUUGAAAUGUGACAUCUUUACACGCAUUUAUUGGAGUACAUACGCCAGGAUAAGAAUUGUAUACGACUAGUUGUAUCGUGUAGAUGGACCUUAGUACGAAGUUUGCGCAUGAGAACCUAGACCCACAAAAAUCCUAUAAAGAAACGUUUCUUUGCCUGCCGCAUGUCCGAUCAACGUGAAGCUUUGUGUACUCUCUGAUAAUUAUUGUAUGAUAUUUAAUUGUAUUGCAACAUGGCCUUUACAAUGAUAUCUAUUUUUUCUUAUCUUCUCUCUUAGCUCGAUCCGCAGUCACGGCCUCCGUUUGAACUCACAGCAAGAUUCUUGGAAUAUAUACGUCAGUUGGAGAUUGUCGUUGGUUCACCUACUAUGUUGAUACAAGACACUCGUCAUGGUAGUCAACGUAUGUCUGCUAACAUUGAAGACUGGAUCAUUGAUUCAAAGAAAACCCUAGAAACACCUGUGAAAAAUAUUCAUUCUUGGGAUGAAGACUGUGUCUGUGAAAAUGGUGCAGCACCGAUCACGAACGGAUCAAAGAAAACCCUAGAAACACAUGUGAAAAUCAUUCAUUCUUGGGAUGAAGACUGUGUCUGUGAAAAUGGUGCAGCACCAAUCACGAACGGAUCAACAGACGGUGCAAAGCCUGUAGAGGAGGAUAAAUUACAUUCAGAUGUCACGCCAUGUCGUAGAGGACAUUCUAAUAAACGCCACUCAUUCUUCGCUGGGCUGAGAUAUAAAUACUUUAAACCACAUGUAGACACUGAAGAUCUUGUGAAGAAUACGCCAAGUAAAUUGGCAGGAUUCUUUACUAGGGUCUUACACGUACAGAAGAAACAUAAAUUUGAUGGGCGGAAAAAAUCUCGAUCAAAAACCACGUACGAUGUGGUCGAUGACAGACCGAGGUUGCGCUCUUUUCGGAUGUUUUUAACACAUAAAGAAAGAAGCGCGAGCGACGCGUGUUUUCAUGGAAACAAAGAAAUCUCGUCGAGGGAUUAUUUAAGACCUGAUAGUGUCGACCCCUCGUGCUCAAACUUCGCUGAACAAGACAAUGCAUCCAACACGCAGUCUCCUAUGACAACACCUCGUAGUGAGGCGAGUGCAAGUACUGCUUGCUCGUGUAGAAGUUCGUACGAGGAAGGCACGCCGACGGCAAGCUCGUGUACCACUCCGUACGCCGAACGAAGACAGACUGCUGUUUCUCCAGUUCCUAUGGGUGAAUAUGAAGACACAGACAACCCAAGCAGUUGUGAAAACGAUGAUCCCUAUCUAGCGACUUGGUCUGAAUCCUCAUUCAGGGAGGGUAUUAAAACUUCACAAAGCACGGAUAUCAAUGGAUUUCAUGUGUCAAAACCAAUACCGCGAUGUUUCUCUGAAUCAGAUGUUGAAGCGCUAAGAGUAACAGCAAAAGAUAAAACAAAGACAUUUACUCCUCGUCAAUCCCCUCAGAAAACAAAACACAAAAGGAAUUGGAAUAUUUUCAGUUUUUUCCACAGAGGGAAGGAGAAACAAAAAACGUAGUACACAUUGUUCGAAUGCUAUAUGCAUGUAUGGUAAGUUUUUAUUUUGCUUGUACUUCACUUAUGUCGGGAAAUUAAUUUACUUUACUCUUUCUUGUUAUACGGUUGGAUCCAAUGUAUUGAUUUGCCCAUAUAAUUUUUACUCGAAAAAAUCACACUUGAAACCCUAUAACCCCUAUACUGGACAACACUCUUUGAUGGACACCCUUCUUCACUGCAUGGACGCAUAUUUUUGGUCCUAAUAUUAGAGGGCACUCGGAGACUGCAUACCUACGCCAGGAAUUAAGUUAUGGAUCAAGCAUAAAUUAUACAAUGGGCUCAUUAUGCUUUUAGUUUACUCUGCCCGACAUAGCAAGACAAACGUUUGCUAAUCUCUCAUCCAAUUUUCUUCCAAAUUUAACCAAAAUUUGAUUAAUUUGUCCCUGGGCAAUGUCCGUUAGUUUCACAAAUUUUCGCAUUAAUACAGACAAACACACACAUACGAAAUACACAGCCCUUGGUCCUAAUCCUAGUUUUAGCAUCGUUUACCUAACAAAAAAUUAUAAGUAACGCGUUUUCCACGUAUUUACUGUUUUUCUUGUUUCUGCCUCUACCCACUCACUCGAAAAACAUAUGACGAAACCCAAAUCAAAUCUGUAUAUCAUGAUGUUCUUUUGAUCUUUUAGAAUCGCCUUCAUCAUCGCCUUCAUCAUCGCCUUCAAAAAUCGUUAGGUGACCUAUGAAGGCAACUGACCGUUAAAAAUGGAAUAAAUUACCAAAAUCUUGCAUCAAAUACAAGGAGUUGCGUUGAGUAUUACUACAAGAGGUAGUGCAAUUUUGAGUUUUAAUUGUUGUAUUUUCUGGGGAGAAAGGUAGUGACAUACUGUAAACUAUUUUUUGUACAAUGUCCAGCAGGUGUAUACUGUCAGUCCCAUCGAUUUUCCUCUUAUUAAGAAUAAAGUAUUAAAUCUUUAGUACAAUUUUGAACCCUGUCCUUAGGACCAAUAUAGCACACGGUGCUUACAUUAGAGAAUCUACAUCAUGAAUCUUGACUUUGGAUUGGGGUGAUUAAAUUACUUAACUUUGACCAUUUUGACAACUGCAUCGAACCUUCUUGGCCGAGUGCAAGCGGAAAACAUUUGCAAUAAGCCAAUUUGCAAAUUGAAUUCAGUCAUUCACUACUAGAAAAUUCCACCAAAUCUUAUUUUUGUCAAUACUGUAAUUAUGUAAUUUAUUAAGCUUGCGAUAAAUGGUUUGACAAGAAGUGUUAGCCAUUGUAUUUUCACCAUCCAAUGUCACUCCCACUGUUAAGGUUGUUGCAACGAGCAACACAAUUUGCUGCAACUUCCAACAAAAGCUGAUUUCAACAAAUGUUUUGUAUCCACUACUUUGGCGGGUUUUGGUGCAGGUAGUAAAAUGUGUAAUAUGGAGAGCCGCCACAGGGAUCAAGGCACUAUUUUUUUAUAAAUGUAGUCACCACGACUUGUAUACCAGCCCAAUUAUGGUGACGUUGAUCAUAUAUGAAUGUAAAUUUGCGCGAUAUAAGCAUUAAAUUAUUAUUAUAAUAAAUAAACGCCUUGGCCCCUGUAAAGUAACCUACUUUUGCAAGUUGCAGCGAUUUUAUUGCUCGUAUUCUUCACGUUUACUGUAACGCAACGGAAUAUGUCAUCAUAUUGUGAAUAAGAAUUCAAACAUAAUUUACCUGUAUACAGCUAAUUCAAUUAACAUUGUCCUCUGAACCACAAAACUCUAAGCGCGAAAAGCACAAUGGGUGUGUUUAUAACGAGAUUGGUUAUGCGUGCAUGUCAGCACCAGUUGUUAUGUUAUGUACUAAUUUUAAGUAUAUGUCUUGUAUUUAUGCUAUUUAAAUGCUUAGAACUAUUUGUUCGUAGCAUUUUGCAAAACACAAUUUGCAAGCCCCAUCCAUACUUGAUUAUACACUGUAUGUACAUCAUUGUACUUUUCGUGCAUAGAGGUCGAGGUUUUCCAAUUUCGAGUUUCAACAGGACAACCAUAACUGAAUUAGUUUUAUAUAGGUCCAUUUCAGACAUUGGAUCUCGUAUAAAUUAACGAUCGAGUUCCUGGAUAACUCGUAUAUAAAUUCACUAGAUCGUUUAGAAACAACGUUCGAGAUCUGAAAUGGACCGAGCUCAAAAUUCACUAGCCUGUCUAGUCAUAUACGAUUGUUUUUCUGGCGUAUGAAAAUUACUGCUGCCCCUACAAUUCGUCUUUUUUUGGUUUAUGGCGAAAUUUCCUUACGCGUGUUUAUUCGAUAACAUAGGCCAGAAUAAGAAUUGUAUCGUGUAGACAGGCCUUAAGACCGUUUUCCACUUCAACCGUAUCGUAAUAUAUCAUUGCAUUUUCAGUCAUUAGUUGCACUCUAGUGCUCAGGAAAAACAUGGAAAUACGCUAUGUGUUUUGAUGGAAAACGGUCUUAAGGCAAAUAUUAAAUUAGACUAUCAAUACUGUUAAAUAGAAAUUAUAUUUAUGAAUAGAUUUGCUUCACUGCGAGGCAGUGAAAAUUUAUGCGUACUCAGAGAUGCGUACUAUGUCUAUGAAAUUGUUACGAAAUAAAAAAUAAUGUUAAAGUUGUUUGCCUGAUUAUAAUACAUUUUGUAUCCGUUUGCAUCUUGGAAAUCAUGGGCGAGGACACUGCACGUCAUGCACGCUAUCAAACCAAAUGUUUCUAUAAAAAUUAACUGAAAAGUAACUUCUGGAACUGAAUAGCGAGAUCUAAUUUAUUAAUAAAUUAUUAAUGUUAUUUUCUGCAUUAUUGGUCUAGGCAGCUUGUGACUUCCGAAUUGAUCUGCACAUUUCAACAUAACCGCUCUUUUAUUCUUGUACUUCAGUG